AUUCAGAUAGCUACAGAUUAACUAAUGAAAUGAAUAGUGAAUCCGAGUUUUCAUUUUCGAUAUUCAUAUGUAAGUGUUAACCGGCUUCCAAGAAAAACAUCCAGAAGAAAUCAGUGACUAUAGCGGUCUCGCGAGUUCAGGAAAACUUUCUUCGUUCUGGACGGGUUUUUAGGCAGUGGAGAUGCGAUUGGAAUGUCUGCAUUCUCCCAUAUUAGUAGUAACGAAUGAGCUCGAACGAGUUCUCUUCUAGAAGAUCUAAAUGGUGAUGAUUGGAAACUUUCCACAUUUUGCGGCGUGGAUUCAAUAAUAGUUGACCGAAGUUAUAAAAGUAAAGAAAGAUACAGAUUUGUGAGAAUAGAAAAUAGUUACAAUGGAAAUUUCACCUAAAAGCUCUUAAACAAUGAAACCGCUGUAACUUUUAUUAAAAUUGAUUUUUCUAAUUUCUAAGGGCCGAUCAGAUACUUUUUGAUGACUUGAACAGAUAUUCAUCUUGUAACUAACGUCGUUCUUUGUUGUUCAGAUUUUUCUCCCAGUACUGUCGCUGGGGCCCUCCUCAUGCUUUAAAGUUUUAAUCUUUUCUUGGGUCUCAAGUGCGACUUCUCAAGCAAUCAGUCAGUUUUGAUAAGUCGCGUAUAUGAGUAUCUUCAUCGGUUAUUCGAACAAAGCAACGAAAUUGUUUGGAAUGUGAAUGUGCUUCUCUUGUGCGUACCCUUCAACUCUGCAGAAGAAAAGUAGUUAAGUUCCGCUUCAGAAUAUUUGUGUUGUCUAUGGAAAUUGCGGUCAGUGGUUGAUAAGUGUAAUCGAAACAGAAUCGAAUAAAAUAUUUCUGGAAGAAGACCAAAGUGUUGUGUAAGUGAUUGUGGAAAUCCGAUCGAAGAUACAUAUUUUUGACCUACAAAGUAACUGAUAACGAAUUACAGUCCACCAUGCGGAACCAACAAAAAUUUCUUUAUUUCCUUAUCCUAAUCUUGCCUUCAUUGGGAAAUCAAAUUGUCGACAGUCUCAUCACCAAAAUACUUUCAACAACAACUGCACCUCCCCAAAGAGAAAAUCCUACAUGGGAUCCUUUAACUUGGAUUAAGGAUAAUUUUCUGGAGCCGCCAUAUAAUCCGGACAUAGACCUUACUACAAUGGAAAUAGCCACACGACAUGGUUAUCCUGCUGAAGCGCAUACUGUCACAACAGAAGACGGUUACUUACUCACUAUGCAUCGUAUUCCUUGUGGUCGUAUUGGUUGUCAUCAGAAGGGCGGCCGUGGUAGAGGGCAGCCUGUUUUCCUACAGCAUGGCCUUCUUUCUAGUUCGGCAGACUGGGUGAUCAGUGGUCCUGGCAAAGCUUUAGCGUAUAUCCUUGCCGAUGCUGGUUAUGAUGUUUGGCUCGGAAAUGCUCGAGGAAAUACUUAUUCCAGGCGGCAUGUUUCUAUGAGCAAUUCCGACUCAAGGUAUUGGGAUUUCAGCUGGCACGAAAUGGCAGUCUAUGAUAUUCCAGCAGAGAUUGAUUACAUUUAUGAUAUUAAAGCCGAAGAAAGUUACAUGAACUACUUGGAUGAUCGCGGUUCAUCGGACGACCUCCUAUAUAUUGGUCAUUCGAUGGGGACGACUAUGGCAUUUGCACUCCUAUCAUCCCGUCCUGAAUAUAACAAUAAAAUAAUGGCGGCAUUCGCUCUGGCUCCUGUGGCGUUCAUGAGUCACGUUAAAAGCCCAAUCCGUUUCCUGGCGCCAUUUUCAAAGGAUAUCGAGCAAUCGAAAUCGAACAAUCAAAAUUUAAAUAUAGAAAUCCCUUUAAAAUAUUUGACCAGCCUUCGUAUACCGAAUUGGGUUGAUAUAAUUGCCAAUCGAAUAUUGAAUAAUAUGUCUUUGAGAAUUUUGAUGAUAAUAAAAUUUCUGGGAGCAAAUGAGUUUAUGCCGCAAAAUCGAAUUGUGAAGUUCCUAGCCAAGUACGGAUGCGAGUUAACACAAGUGGAAAGAGAAAUAUGUGAAAAUACGCUAUAUGUCCUUUGCGGAUUCGAUAAAUCACAAUUCAAUUCGACGCUAAUGCCUGUUAUAUUCAGUCACACUCCUGCUGGGACAUCAACCAAAACUUUGGUACAUUAUGCACAAGAGAUCGAUGAAGAAGGCAAUUUCCAAUGGUUCGACUAUGGUCUGCAGGAGAAUAAACGAAGAUAUGGUCAGGAUAAACCGCCUUCCUACAAUAUCACAGAAAUCAGAACCCCCUUUUCUUUGUUUUAUGCUCAAAAUGAUUGGCUCGCUGGACCAAAGGAUGUCCAGAAAGUAUACAAACAUUUACAGCAAUCGUCACAAUUGUUUAAGGUUCCGUAUGACAAUUUUAAUCAUGUUGACUUUCUGUGGGGAAUCGAUGCUCCAAAAUUAGUUUAUUCAACUCUUGUUAAAAUUAUGCAAAAUUACCGUUAAAUCUAAAUAUUUAUUGUGAUUUUCUUGCCGUUUACCAAAUAAAAUAGGUUUUAUAGGGAA